AUGAUGAUCGACCCUCCAAAAUCACUAGGAUCACUUCCUACGCCCGAAUACACGCCAAUCAACACACCUUCUGCCUCACCUAUCAACGCGACAUUCGGUAUCAAUAGCGUUACAACACCACUUGUAAUUGGGAUCACUGGAUCUGCUGGAUUAGUAGGAACUUGUCUAGUUGAAUUAGCGUUAGAUCAAGGUCAUACAGUUUUGGCAAUGGAUAUAGUUGAUCCAAAUCAUCAAUCAACAAUCUUACCUGACCAUUUGAAAUUAUCGGAAAAAGGAUAUACUUAUAAACAAAUCUCAUCACUUGAUUAUGAAGAUUACAAAAAAGCAUGUAAAGAAUCACAUUGUAAUUCAUUGGUCCAUUUAGCUAUGAUCCCAAAUGGACCUGAUGUAGAUGGUAGAUCAAUCACCGGUGGAUCUAAGUCACAAAAUGAAGUUCAUAACGCAAAUGUAUCCAUGUCAUACAACACACUUUCGAUAGCUGCUGAACUAGGUAUCAAUAGAGUCGUAUUGGCUUCAAGUGUCAACGCUAUUGGCAUGUUGUUUUCGAAAAGUACCACAUUCGAUUAUUUGCCUUUGGAUGAGAGACAUCCUUGUCGACCUGAAGAUGCGUAUUCUCUGAGCAAGUAUUUCUGUGAACUUCAAUCUGACUCAUUCGUUCGCAAACAUCCUUCACUCCGAGUAGCGUCUUUACGCUUCCAUGGAGUGGUUAGACCUGAAUCUGUCAAUCGAAAAUCACUAAUUGAAUUAGGAGGAGAAAGGAAAGAUCUGUGGGGAUGGGUAUCUUCUCUAUCAGUCUCAAGAGCUUGUUUAGCAGGAUUGACUUCACCGACAAAUAGAUUCAACGAAGGUUCACAUGAAACUUUCUUCAUUGUUGCUCCUACCAUAUGUCAACAGCGCUCAACGAUGGAUCUUCUGAAUGAAUAUUAUCCAGAUAUCGUUAAAGAAGGUAAGAUUAGAGGAUUGAUAAGAGGUAAUCAAGGCCUAUUCGAUUGUUCAAAAGCCAAGAGGAUGUUGGACUGGUCGGAGGAAGGCUUUUAUUGGGACGAGGAUGUGAAGGAUUAA